AGACAGGUGAAUAAACGCUCAGUUUCAUUUCUCCUGGUUUUCUUUGAAGUGAUCGCAAGGCUGAGAAAAGAUGGGCUCCAAACUGUCCAAACGCAAGAGGAUCUCCAAAAAGAGCAAGAAGACGGUGACAAAUGACUCUCCAUAUCUUAGCAGCACUUUUCCACCCGUGGAGGAGGAGGAGGAGGAGGAGGGAGAGGAGAAGUGUUAUGACCCAGCAGACUCUUCACUUAUAUUUGUCGAUGAAGAGGAUGUUUUGGAUUUUGAAAUCAACGAGUUCAAGUCUCUGAGAGCGCUGAUGUCUUGUGGCCACGCUGUCACUCCGAUGUCUCUCACCAACUGGUGUCGCCUCUUGGUGGACCAGGGUGAGUCUACAUUUGUGUGUGGCCAAACCGGCUGUGAUGUUGAAUGGUCCUUUGAGGAAGUCUGUAAAAUGGCUCUUCUAACCGAUGAGGAAGUCAAGUACUUUGAAAACAAAAUGUUCAGCAAUUCAAAGGAUUUAUUGGAUGUCAAAUCAUGCCCCAGCUGCGAGUCUUCUGUGAUGAGAAACGACCCUUACAAUCUGUGUGUUGAAUGCACAGUGUGCUCAGCUGACAAAAAUGGGAUUUUUAUGUUCUGUUGGCAGUGUUUGAGGGAAUGGCGAGGCCCUUUCCAACGUUCAGACCGCUGUGAAAAUUACGGCUGCGUCAAUAAGUCCCUAGAAAUUCUGAAAAACUGUCCAGUUAUCACCUUCAAUGAUGUUGCAGGGAUCACUGACUGUCCCUCAAUCCGUGCUUGUCCCACCUGUGGCUUCAUAGUGGAGCACGACAGAAGUGGCUGCAAAAACAUCUUCUGCACUCGUUGCAAAGAGGAGUUCUGUUUUGUAUGUCUCCAGCUCACAGAUGACUGUUUGGAGACAAGUGAACACUUUGAGCCUUGCUCCAGUGGUGUGGCCCCUAGACAGACAUUUAUACCUGUGUGGCAGUAGGGUGUAUUUUAGAUGAUUGCCAUAAAACAGAUUUACUGUCUGGUUAUUCUCAUUUUUGAGGACAGUGGAUGAAAUGAGUAUUUUAGUUCAUGUCUGGAAGAAUUCAAUGAAUUAAAGCACUUCAGAGAGAGGGGUGAAUUUAGGGAACAAUCAUGAGGAUGAAUUUUAAAAAUGCAGCACAAUUCAGAGAUUUAAAAGACUAAUUAAAAGUAAGAUAAUUGUUUGACUUUGACUAUCAUAAUCUGUUUGCUAAAUGACAGUCUGAUAUGGUGCCUUUUAAGUCUUCCGUUUUAGAUUAUGUGUAUAAAUAUAUAAUGUGUCUACAGUAGAUGUACUGCCAAUGUAUCACUCAAUGGAAGAGCAGUGGAGAUUAUUAUUUUUCUCCCCAGUUCAGAUGACACUUCUUUUGAUUAGCUUUUAUUUUUAGAUUUGUAGAUGAAUUUAUGGUUUCAGAUUCCACAUUGAGAGGUUAUUGUUUUUGUGUAUUUGCAUAUAUGUCUAUUUGUUAAUCGAGUCACAUUAUCUGUUUGAACAAAUGCAUUUCACAUUAAAAUAAUACUCAUGCA